AUGAUGGCGGCCAACCACUAUAGCAGUUCGCGCCAGCACCCGCACCUGCCGCCGCAUCUCAACCCUCUCCCUCCACUCGAGCCCAAUGCCGAGCGUCACAACUACCACUAUGCGGCAGGACGUCGUGGCUCCACCGACCCGAUCCUGCACGCCUCGCUAGCGGCGUCUGCGAGCAACAGCUUCUCGCACGGGCACGGGCAUGGCCAUGCUGGCAGCUCCGGUUCAUCCCUUGGCAACCCGAGCCUGUUCGACGCGCCUCGUCGGCGUAGCAUUCAGAUCGAGCCCACCGUCCCCUCUGGCCACGGUAGCCCCUUCGCCAGUCCCGGUCAUUCGAAUCUGCACUCCUCCUCUCGCUUCGGCUCGAACAACAGCCCCACCCCACUCGCUCAGUCGCACAGCGCCGAUCAAGGCCACGACGAGCGUCUCGGCAACUAUCAGUUCGGCAGCUACCCCGAUUCGUAUCGGGACGACAACCCACGGGUCCCCCACCUCUCCGCACCGGACGGCGACGGUGGCGGCCCCCUCGUCGACCCCGAUUCCCGUCGUGGCUCCACCGCUUCUUCGAAACAUUUGCUGGUGGACAAAGAAAAACCUUAUUCCCGCUCCCCCGAGUUGAGAGUCUCCCACAAGCUGGCCGAACGAAAAAGGAGGAAGGAGAUGAAGGAGCUGUUCGACGAUCUACGGGAUCAACUGCCCGUGGAUAAAGGCCCCAAGACGAGCAAGUGGGAGAUCCUGAGCAAGGCCGUGGAGCACAUUGCGCAGUUGGCCGAGGAGAAGGAGGCACUGCAGGACGAGGUCGAGAGACUCAGGGCGCAGUUGGGGAGAGGGAAAGAGGCGAGCAAUGGCCAUAGAGAGUAUGAGCGAUAG